AUGCUGCAAGAUACACCACUACAACACUUCCACAAUAGUCUCAGCAUGGCCGGCACUCAACUACUGGGAAUCUAUCAGUCCUCAACGACAACUCACACUUUCUCUUCGGAGCUCCCUCCGCUUCCCCAGGGAGGAGGCAGCGUAGAAGAGAAGACCUCCUAUCUCUCCGCGCUGCGCGCCAACGUGUCGAAGUUGCAGGGCGAUGUGAACGCUUUCUUGACGCAAAAGAUGGAGGAGGACAAAUCGAAUGAGAGGAGCUCGAAGAAGCGGGACGAAGAGAAGGAAGAGGAGAUGUAUGGCGAGGAGGACCCGGAGAAGGAGGGAUGA